AUGGCAGCUGUUCGUAAGAAAGUAGUCGCAGUAGGGGAUCAUACAUCUGAGAAAACAAAGCUCAUGUCAACGUUUACCGAAGGCAAGGUCCUUGAGGUGUAUGUCCCACCAGUAAUUGACACUUUCCCUAUCACCGACGUUAAAGUGGAUAACCAAGAAGUGGAACUGGCGCUGUAUGACACCGCUUCACGGGAAGACUGCGACGGGUUAAGGCCACUGUCCUAUCCGGACACUGACGUCAUCCUCAUCUGUUUUGCUGUGGACAGUCCUGACUGCUUUGAGCAGGUUCCUGACAGAUGGGUGCCCGAGGUGAAACACUUUUGCCCUAACGUACCAAUAAUACUCGUGGCAACUAAGAUAGACUUAAGAAAUGACGAAAACGUAGUGAAGGAGUUGUCAAAGAUGAGACAGGAGCCUGUUAAAACGGAGGACGGAAGACCGAUGGCCCAGCGCAUCGGUGCUUCUGCUUAUAUGGAAUGCUCAUUUGAAAGCAUCGAAGGAAUCAACAAUGUGUUUUAUGCCGCAGCACGUGCAGCAGUACAAAGACAAAAUCGUCGCACUAGCUGGAUAAAUUGUUGCCUGUUAUUGUGA